CUGAAGACAUACCUCAUACACGUUUAUACUGGAAAUAAAACUAAAGCUGGAACUAAUGAAGCCGUUUCUAUUACAAUCCAUGGAAGUGCAGCGAAUCCUGCAAUGGAUCUAACUUCCUCCAAGACACACAACAAUCCUUUUGAACAUAAUCAGAAGGACACUUUCAUUCUGAAAUCUAGAGACAUUGGGAACAUAACGAGGGUUACUGUAUCGCAUGGUGGUGCUUGGUAUAAACCCUUGUCGGCCUGGAACCUUGAUAAGAUUGAGGUCGAAGAUGAAGAGUCCCACACCACAUUUGUGUUUCUACUCAAUGACUGGAUUGAUGGAGGGUCUCGUGAUCUUCAUGCUCAGGAAAUCAUAGUUAACAAUAAAUCAUUCGUUUAUGAUUCUCAAUUUCAAAACAACACGAAGGAAAAAGAGUGCACUUCCGGCACGUUGGAGGAGAUGUGCCACCAAUUCACCGUGACAACCGCAGAGAUGGAUCCGUCGGCACGCUAUAGCAAUGCAGAGGUGACAAAGACGCCAUGGCUCAACACCACAAGCCCAGCUGUGAAUAAAGACAACCAAGAUGCGAAAUACUAUCUCUGGCUGGUCAUCACAUUGAUUCUGGUCAUAAUUGCUCUAGUGGCUUUUGCUGCAUUUCUGGCACAUCUUUACCGAAAAAGGCAUGCACGCAAGGAUCAUCUCCAAGUGCACUGCAACAGAUCAAACACACAGAGUUUGGCUGUGCAACCUCCUUGCUGUAAUGUUGACCUUUUAAGGUCAGGCAACACACAAGCCAGCAGUGAAAUGGUUGAGUACUCACAUGGGAGGCAUCAAGUUACACCAGAGGUGGCCACAGCGAGUGAAUGCAUCUACAGUUUGGUGGGAGAGAUUGAGACAGUCACUCACUUACCUCUCAGCACGAAAUAAUCAACUGAAUCCAGCUGUCUGGGUAUAAAUUACUCCGUUUGGUAAUAUUUUGUCAUAACUGUAACCAUUUAAAGCAUAAUUUCAAUCCAUAGGCCAAAAACAAGCAUGCAAUCCGCUGUAUAUACAGUAACUAGCAAAUAGUGCAUACUGUAUAUGCUGUCAACAGUCGUGUUUUUUUAGGUAGCUGCUGUCCUGGGAAAUCUAUCGGUUUUUCCAGGAUGCAUAACAAUAAACCACUCAAGACAGUGCACAUUACAUGUAGAGUAGUACUCCCGGGUUCCUGAUUUUUGUGAGAUAUAUUACCGUCAGAUGUCCGGGUGCUUUGUUCCUCAGAGGUGGCAAAGCUAGACAUAGGCCACAGUGGCAUCAAUCAACUAUGUUGCUUGCCUGAAACACGAUAAACCACGCAGAUUAAAACACGUGGGUGACCAUGUGUUACUUUUGGUGACCUGUAGAUUAUGAAAACUCGUCUGCUUUCACAAAUAAUGAUAAACAUGUUUUAUCAAGACAUCAUACAAGCUUAAGUUUUUGUAUUGUAAUGCUUAAUAGCCCGCUAUUGUUAAUUACAUACUCAACGUGCUUUAGUUAUUCAGAAUAAAAUAUUAUAUUCACGUUGCACUGUUGUUCUAGGAAUUACGCUCAAUUUAAUUGUGUGAAUGCUUUGUGUUACCUGACAUUGGUAUGGCAUCAGAAUUUGCCCUCACAAGAGCCAUCCAGAAUGCAAGUUGACAUCACCAUCACCGUUAUUAACCAUUGAGGUAUAUAUAAUCGAUUUAUUUGCAAGCUAUAUUUAUUUAUUCAUUCUGCUGUAAACUGGACACCGUUAAUGGGACGUUCAUGCCUUUCUGCCAAUCACAUUUUGUAUGCCAACCAUUUACAUUGCUAUUUGCGUGCGUGAGUUCUCUUGACUCUAGUUUCUUUCUAAUCACAAAAAUAAAUUAGACUAACAUACCUAGCGAGACCCCUUCUGAACCUUUGCUAAAUCUUUCAAUAAAGUCACGUAUGUAUAAAAUAAAAUAAAUCGCUACGUUUCGGGCGCAACACAAGCGUCCGUCAUCAGGUGGGAAAGCUUUCCGAAGGGAGGGUAUCAACCCACCUGAUGACGGACGCUUGUGUUGCGCCCGAAACGUCGUGAUUUAUUUUAUUUUAUACCCACGUGACUUUACCGAAAGAACCAAAGAGUAUGGAUUCCUGCAGCCACGAAAGCUUCAAAUCAAGAUAAAAUCUUUCAAAUUGAUAUAGUCCGUAAUAUUUGCUUUACACACUUACCUGCUGUAAAAUAUACAUAAAGACCUUGACGUACAACAGUUGUUCUCUGUAAAUGUUAUAAAAAAAAUAAACAGUAUCAUGCGAGUACUAUAUAACAAAGUUUUCUGAAGUUUUGUUUUGUGAAACGGGGAGAAAGGAAAAAAAACCCAUGAAUGCAGGAGGAACUGGAAAUUUCGAUAAAACAAGCUGGCACCGAGAAACAUAAUACCAAUCCAGUGACUCCUCUACUU